GCGAGACCGCAUCUCCCCAAAAACACGGAUCAUCAGCCCAAGAUGGCACCUCUCUACACGAAGCCAAAGUUUCUCAUCGGAAUCGCCAACCUUUUCGCAACCGGCGGAGCCACACUAUACCUCAAGAACAAAAUCGAAUACAGUUUGGAAGAGAAUGAAGCCCGGUCAGACGAGAUCGAGGGGACGCUAAGGGGCCAUAUUGGAUUGAUCCACGAGGCACACGACCGGAUAGAGAAGAAGCUUGGAACUGCAGGCAUAGGCGCGGGAGGAUUAGAGAACAGGGACAUCUAUGAUCAGAGGGGAAAGGAUGAGAAGAAGGACAAGAAGGACAACAAGUAGCGCGAUCUCGUUUAGUAGGCUUACUGUGCUGUUUGGCGAGCAAAGGCUGCGACACUGCGCGACGGAUUUGGAGCCUCGCGUCCUGCAGUGUGGAAUGUCGAGAUCAGACAAGGAUCCUUUGGCACCGAGUAGAUCGACGGCGUGUGCACUCAGUCAAGAUCAGGAUCGCGCCUGUUCACUAAGGCUGGUGAAGAAUUUCAGAAAAUCAUCCGAGC